AUGGAGCAAAAGGAGGGGACCGGGCGUACUCUUGUGAAGCGGCACGCAUUUGGCGUCCGCCCGGAAGUCUACGGCUGCCUGAGUUGGGUGGAGGAGGGGACGUUGCUGUACCCCGUCGGGAAGACCGUGGCGGUGCACAACCUCAACACCAACACCCAACGCUUUUUUGAGACCGCCGUUCACAGCAGCGGCCUGACCGCGCUGGCGGUGAGCGCCAACAAGAAGUUUAUCGCCAUUGCCGAGGGUGGAAUGGUGCCGCAGAUCCAAAUUAUUGACUCGGUCCCGCGUAAGCGUCGGAAGACGCUGAGUGUGCAGGACUUGGGAAGCGACCGCUUUGUAGCGAUGGAUUUUAGCAUGGAUGGGCGGCACCUGGCGACGCAGGGGGGUGGACCACAGUGGAAGCUCUUCUACUGGAAUUGGGAACGCUCCAAGCCGCUCGCCUUUACGUCCGUGGUCGCCGAUUACAAGCGCAGUGGCAGCCAGGACUCUGUCAACCACCUUUCAGGCGCGCAGGAUUCGCGCAUGAAGGAGCCGCACGGGGCGCUAUUCACACCUCCUCCCGUUUCAUGUGUGACAAUUUGCCCGCAGGAUCCACUCCUGAUCGCGGCGUCGGGCCUGGGGAUGAUGCGGUUCUACCGCUAUGUGGAUGGGGCGCUGCAGGCGCUGCCCUCCAUCGGCUACGAUCUCGAAAAUGCGUCAAACUUCCUGACACAUGCGUGGGUUACAGGAGAGCGUCUCGUGGCCUCUACACAGACUGGGGAGUUAAUGGUUAUUGAGCGGGGCGUAUACAAGCGACUUCUGCCUGUACCACCCUCCACACGGCCCCAGUCGACGAACCCAACGGUGUUGUCGCUUGUGCCGAGCAAGGCGGGGUUCGUCGCUGGUAGUGACCAGGGCACCGUCGCCAUUUACGAGAGUAGCGGCGGGGCGGAGAGUGAGUACGCUAUUGUCUACAAUGUGCCGGUGCCAACAGAGGAAGAGAUACAUAACAAGACAGAAGACGCCAAUAAAAAGGCCCCUGCAUCGUCUAUGAAGACUGCAGCCGCGGAUGCAUCACCUGGUACUUUAGCUUCGGCCGCAACAGAUACAGGUUCUCUGCAGUCAUCGUUGCCGAAAAGCCACAAACCCCUCUUUCAGGUGAACACGGGGGUGACGCAAAUAGUUGCAGCUGCCCCGGUGGAGGAGUCAUGUUCCAAGGCGGACCUGCAAGAGGUGGCACGAAUAGAUCUGCGCCGGGAAAACAGUGUGGUACGUCUGUCACUGGAUCAACUGGAGGAGACCAUGGCAUUAGUGACACACUCAGGCCAAAUCCUUGCCUUUAAUUUUUCUCAGCCGUGGGCAAAGCGCUCGAGCGAGGAUCCCCCGACGUUGUUGCCUAUUUGUCAGUCGUUUCAUGUGGGUGGCAUUAUAGGUGUCGACUGCAGCGUGCGGCGGCCAUUUUUGGUGACCUCUGGCGUGGACAAGAGUGUGCGUAUCUGGAACACCAGUACACAUCGACUAGAGAUGUGCCAGUACUUCUCCUCUCCUCCAGGCCCUGUAAGCAUUCACCCAAGCGGACUCUACGUGGUAGUCUGUUUCCCGGACAAGGUUUGUGUGAUGAGCGUCUUAUGGAACUGCCUCUAUGAAUACCGCGUGCUUAACCUUCGCAACGUGACCGAUGUGAAGUUUUCCGUAGGAGGGAAGUACUUUGCCCUGGCACACGGUAACAUGAUCCAUCUGUACAACUCACUAACGUGCGAUGUUCAUGGACAAUUGCGGGGUCAUCCGCAAAAGAUUAGCGCCUUUCAGUGGGCCGCCACCUCCCCAUACCCCACAGACAAUGGCCUGGUCUCCUGCUCCCUCGACGGACUCAUCAUCAACUGGAAUGUCAGUGAGAUGCGCAAGGACGGGGAACAUUCAGAUAAACGCUACCAAUACCAAGUUAUUGCGGCCGAUGAUAAAAAUUUGUGGGUGGUUGGCGACCCUGCUUCCUCAGCUGCAGAGAUACAAUGUAAGUCAAUGCUACGGGAGAUUGACCGCUAUCAUACCACGGAGGCUUCUAACACCGUGAAUGCAACGGAUUACGAGUUUCGCGAGAAAGGACUUACGACGAUUCUUGUUGCACCAAAGCAGCGGUUGCUAUUUGGUGGUAUGGAUGACGGUGCCAUUAAGUUUAUGAACUUCCCCCUGCAGGUUGGCGUGCAGGAGGUUCCUAUUGUGGCACAUCUCGGCAAAGUCAUCCGCAUGGCUCUCUCCUAUGAUGAAAACACCAUCUACUCCGUCGGCGAGGAUGGAACUUUGUUUAUGAUUGACGUGCGUGAGGACGGACGCCCCCCCCAAAGGCACACGGGGUACUACGGCGACGAGGUUCUUGUCUUGGUCUCCGAUGUGGAGGAUCGUCAGAUCACCAUUGAGAGCCUCACACACACCGCAGGGAAGCUUAGGACGGAGAUUGAAGGAGAGGAGAAGCGGCGCAGCCACGAACAAAAUACGCGGAUGCGGGAACGUGAGGAGGAGUUCAAGAAUGAAAUGGCCGUCCUCGAGGCGGAAUACGCCGCGCUGUGGAACACCAAGGCGGAGCAGGAGCGCUCGUUUGUUGCGGUGCGGCUUGAGAAGGAGGCGGAAGCCACCCCGCUCCUGGAGGAGCUCGAACGGGCAGGACAGGCGGAGGUGCAACGACUUGAGGACGAGUGCACCGAGCUGCAGCACCGGCUGGAUGGAAGCAAGAGUCAGUUCGCCCAGGAGGUGAUGGAGUUGGAGGCACAGGUGGAGCGGGAGCGGCGUGAGAAUGCGGAGCGUUUCAACGAUGUUGUCACAAAGCGCAGGGAGGGUCUGCAGAAACUUAAACGCCAAGUCCAACGCGCGAAAGAGAUGAACAUGGAGUCACAACGACGACUAGAGCUCGAUACGGAUGCAGAACUGCAAAGCAUUCGGCAUCGCAACCGUCGCGAUCUCGAGACCAUUCGCGAACAGUACUUGCGCAUGAAGGGGGAAAGCGCCAUCAUGCGCAAGAAUGCUCUGCGCAUGGAAAAGGAGGUGGAGGUGCACAGCAAUGAGCUUAGUGUUCUCGAGAGCGCUAAGACGGCACUGAUGGCGCAGCUGGGGGAGUUGAAUCAGCACAUGUCGCAGCUGCACCAGGACAUCGAGGAGCGCGACGCCAUCAUUAGCGAGAAGGAGAAGCGAAUCUAUGAUCUGAAGAAGCAAAAUCAGGAGCUCGAAAAACACAAGUUUGUCCUUGACUACCGCAUUCGCCAGCUCAAGUCACAGAUGGAGCCACGUCAGCGGGAGAUUGCGCGGGAGCAUCAACGCAUAAACGAGAAGAAUGUCGAGCUGGAGAGUCUGCACCAAAACAACAUUACCCUGCGACAAAACAUCGAUACUCUCAAGGCAGAUCUCGCACAGCAGCAACAACAGAUAAAGCAAAUGCUGAACCAUAUUAAGGACUUUGAGACGUACAAGAGCCGCAUCAAGACAGAUGUAGGCGAGCUUGCGCCAGCCUUGCAGGAUCCCGCCCGGCUGCGGGAGGUUGUGGAGCGUUUAUGGCAGCGGCAUGUUGUCGCACGCGACGGCCACCGUGCCGCGCAGGUGGAUCAGGAGAUUAAGGAGGAGUUUAAGUCGCAGUUGGAGUACCUAAGCACCUCCGUGGAGGCCCUGCGGCGCAAGUGCAAGACGGAUCAGGAGCAGCAUCGCUCCGAGGUCUCCAUGAUGAUGGUGGAGAACCUUUCUCUCAUCCGAGAGAUUCAUGACCUCCGCGCAGAGCUCGUGGAGCUGCGCAACCUCUCGGUGGCGGCCACGGACGAGGCAAAGCGACGAUCCCGGCCAGAGCAGGCCAGGAAGCGAGCCAGCUCGUCUUCCCGCCUGAAUGUAGUCUCUGGCAGUCUGGUCAUGUCGAAGAGGCGUCUGGAGCUGCCGCAGGAGUUGGAGGAAAACCGCAUAGAGAUCCGGAAGCUGCGGGCCUAUGUGGAGUCCGCGCAGCAGGCGCUGGCGGCGGCCAUGCCGGGCCGUCGCAAGCCUGAACCAUGCACGUUUCCACCCAUUACACAGUAG